CUGCUGACACUCAGAUUGUCCAAAAUGGCACGGCUUUUUGUCGGUAUUCACAAAAAUCUUGCGAAGUUGGAGGAAGGGAAUUCAUCCCACCAUUUCUUACAGGUAUUUUUUGCUCCGAAGAAUGCUGAGAUCUGGUUGAAUCUCGGUGUGGAAAGUAUUGCAAGUGGCGAUGUGGACUUUGCCAAAUUUGCGUUUCAGCACGCAGAAGGACCUAAUGCUACAGAUGCUUUGCUUACUUGUUUGCGACUGGCUCAAAAAUGCCUGAGUAUGGGUGUCUGCCAAGAGAAGGCGCUGUUCCUCAAGGAGCGAAUCCGUUCCAUCAAUGACCAUUACAGGUAUUUCUUGUAG